AUGGAAUGGAAGAGCGAUUAUAUUUCAAUCUGGUUCUUCCCCCGCUAUAACAUACCUGCCGACAUCACCUCCGGAAACCCUGAUCCCUCUACCUGGUACCUGCCCGGUGCUAAGUUCAAUGGCGGUAGCGGCUGCAACAUUGACAGCUAUUUCAAGAGCCACAAUGUGAUCUUCACCAAUACCUUCUGCGGCGACUGGGCUGGUUCGGUCUGGGACCAGAACGCUGAAUGCUCUGCCCUUGCGUCUACAUGCGAGGACUACGUUAGCAACAACCCUGCUGCUUUCAAGGAUGCCUACUGGCUCGUCAACUCGGUUAAGGUCUACACUCAACAAUCUAAUGUGACUCACGCCACCAGAUCUCCUCAGGCGUUCAUGUCUUAG